AUGGCAACCCUCCUGUCGAACUAUGCACUGAGAUACCGAAUUCUCCAACUUCCGCCCACGCUGCGAACAUCCGCGUACCAGUCUUCGAUACGAGCCUCCGCCUAUCAACCGUUGAGUCCUGCUCGACGCAACAUCUCCACCACCGUCUCUCAAGUCCCCGACAAGCUGCUCCAGGCCGUAACUGCUCCGCCCACCGCCCUUCUCGAUGCCAUCCACGUCCUCGGCUUGCCCUGGUGGGCUGCCUUGCCCGUCACCGCUGUCCUGGUUCGCGGAGUACUAGGCUACUACCUUGCCUCUCUGCCCAACCACAAAACCACCAUCAUUCGAUCCCACCUAGCGCCUCUGUCAUACCUGAGAGCUCGUAACAGACUCGUAUACUGGGUGAAUAAGGCGACAGAAAGACAGAUUGGUCCGCUAACUCGUUCCGACCGGCGUCGCCUAGCGCUUUAUAUAUUGUCCCCUAUCAACGGCUUUGCUCAACUAUGGUCUGUCGCAAAGUCGUGCGGCGUUCCUCUCGUGACUUGGAGAUCCUUCUUCAACUUUGGCAUGAUGAUCACCUUUCUUGAGGCUGUCAGAAUCAAAUGCGGAACAAGAGAAGGUCUGUUAUCUAUCAUUGUCAGUCCGCUGCAAUCCUUAUGGGAUUCGCGGACGGGCAAGCCACCUGCGGUAGACCCUCGUGCCAGCAUGAGCCCCGAGGAAAUCAUGGCCGAAAGACUCUGGGAGGCGAGGGAAGCACAACGGGCACAACAGGUGCAACAAGCUGGAUCUGCAGACUCCGCAGGUGGUCUCGGGGAUCCUCAAGCCGCUACGGACGUUCCCUUGUCUGCUUUGGAUACCAACUCCUACGCCGACCUCGUCGAUCCCUCUCUCAAAGUCGAAGGGCUUGCUUGGUGCCGGGACCUCACUCUUGCCGAUUCAUCCUACUUGCUCCCGCUUUCCAUGGGCGCUGUCAUUGUGGCGUCGGCCCUGCUACAACCGCGAGAGCCGCCAAAGCAUGGCAAAUCAGGCCGAGGGUACGCGGGUAGGGAGACGCGUGCCCAGGAAGGGCGUCUUGAAUCGUCAGCGCCUUCUGUUAAACGCUCUGUGGACUCUGCCAGCGUCAAACCUGCCAAUGAAGUUCGAGCUGCAAUGGAGGCGGCUGACAAAUUAUACGCUCAAACACCGAGGAAAGGUUUCGGAGCGAACAGGUUUUUCGAGAACCUUACAACAGGUCAGAGAGUUCGACUCAGUGUCGGAUUCUUGUUCAUGUUCUUUGCCAGUCAUCUACCUGCGGCAGUUUUGCUAUACCUCAUACCGACUAUAGCCACUGGUGUCGUCCAAAGUCGGUGGCUAAACCUGAGAUAUCCCGUUCCGAAAGCCAUCCAACCCUGCACGAGGCCACUGAGAGAGAGGGUGAGGAAAGAGAUACCGGACGUGUGA